AACAGCUGUGCAAUGACAACAAACAACAAAAGAAAAUGGCCUGUGAAGUGAAAACAUUUGGGGAAAUAUGCGAUUUUAGAAAAGUUCAGGAAUACUUUGGCCUCGGGCAUGACGAUAAUUGGCUUAACGCUAUAAACUCUGCAAUUUCACCAACGGGGGAGCUGAUCGCCCUGGCCCAAGGGGAGAAGCUAGCCUUUCUAUCGACCUGUUGGAGCAGCAAUGGACAUGCCAACACCUACGCCCUGGGAUGGUGCGGCGAGCUGGAGGAUCCCAAUCAGAUUGUGACCAGUCUGACGUGUCUGCCUAUGACGCAGAGUCGGAACACUGAUGGAGCCAUAGAAUGGACAUGCGUGGCAGUGGGCUUGGUCUCUGGUCUGGUUGUCUUUUACACAGAAGCUGGCCAAAAGCUCUUCUCUCAAUGUUGUCAGGAGGAUCCUGUGAUUGGCGUCAAAUUGCAAUCACCUCCACGCAACUCUGAGGGCGAUCCCCUGCUCUACAUUGUGUACACCCGCUGCUUGUGCUUCAUGAAGGGCCAGGACAUAUUGCCCACGCUGACCAACUGUCGCCACAAUGUCCAGCGUGGUGCCCUGGAGCGGGGUUCCUAUCCCAUUGCGGAUGUGGUGCCAUUCCAGAAGUACAAAUUCAAGCAGGAGCGCGAAGGCAUUAUUAACGACGCCGCCAUAUCGAGCACACAACGACCUCCGACCUACGACUACAUUGUCCAGCAGAGCAUUGGCCACGGCUACUAUGCCAAGGUGCAUGCCACACCGCCGCGUAGCUCUCAAGUGCUGGCAGCCGGAGCGGAACCCUAUUUGGGAUUCUUUCAUGCCGAGGAGGGCUACAAGACCGUGUCACUGGGUGAGGUGGCCAAGGGUGUGAUUGGAUUAGCCUACAAUAAUCUUCUGGGCGGAUUGUUUAAGCGUGCCCCCGAACAACCGCCAACCCCAGAAGAUGCCCCACUGCCAUUGCCCACCAAGGAGGCACCCAUGCGGAUACGGUGCCGCCUGUAUGACGGCAAAAGGGAUGGCCUUACCUUGGCCAUAGCCCCAGGCGGACGCUUGGCAGUCGUCACGGAUAAUCUGGAUCGUGUGAUGCUGGUGGACACACAACAGGCCAUCAUUCUGCGCGUAUGGAAGGGCUAUCGCGAUGCCCAAUGCGCCUUUGUGCCCGUCAAGGAGAGAUCCGUGCGUGGCAUCAAGACACACAAGAGGAAGGCCUUGUUUUUGGUCAUCUAUGCGCCGCGUAUGGGCUGUCUGGACAUCUGGGCCCUGCAGAAUGGACCCAAAGUGGCCGCCUUUAAUGUCUGCAAGAGCGGCCAAUUGAUUUACAACAAUCACAGUGCUCUUGGCGUUGGCCAAGCAGCGGGCGGCGGAGGAGGAGGGCAGUCCAGGAAGUCGGCUGCCAUUAACCAUUGUCUGUUCCUGGAUCCCAGCGACAGCAGCUUGAAGGAGAUCCACAUACCAUUUCACUAUGCUCUGAGCGAGACCAACUCGCAGACGUCGCGCGAUAUCCACAUGCUGAGGCGUCUCAGGAACCAAAUGCGCGCCCUGACCCACGCUGAGGAGGCCAAUGACCAGAAGCUAGAGGAGAUUGCAGUGCUGGCCAGCGAACUGCAGACGUUGGAGGUGCGCCAACAAUGUGUGGAAAUGCUGCUCAAGAGUAAAAAGCUGCAACCCUUUGUAUUCCAAUGCAUUGUUAAUGCAUUCAUCAAGAAGCCGCUGCCCGAACCACCAGCUGGCGAGGAUUUCCACGAGUUUGUGCAUCAAAUCGAGAACUACAAGCGCCUCACCGACCUUUACUUGGCCCUCAGCCAAGUCUGUCAGCGAAGUGACAACGAACCACCCGUGGAGCACUUGGAGCUCUCGGAUGCCGAUCUGGUGACGAUCAAUAAGUUGGUUCUGCUCCUGGACGAUGGCAGCGUGAAGGACAAACCAUCCGGCACUCGCGAGGUCAGCUUUCAGCUAAGGGAUGUGCACAAGUCCGAAGAGUUUGUGGAUUACCUGAGCAUCUUCAACAUCGAGAGUCCGGAUGGCAUUAGUCUGCUCCCCGAGAAGGCGGACAAGUUUGGUGCCGUCAGCAUCGAUCUCUUCAGUCAGUUCUUUGGCCAGGGCCUGUGCUUUGGCCAGUUUAAGGAGUGGAUUGGCCAGGCCUGCCUGCCCAGCAAGGAUCUGCUGACGCUAAUCAUUUGGUUCUGGCUGGAAAAGCCUUUCAAGUACAACAACUGUGAUGAAGUCGUGAAGGACAUGUCGCGCAUUGCGGCAAUGGUGCAGACCAUUUGCGAGCUGGCCGGCGAUCAUAUCCACGACUAUGCAUACAAUGCCAUAUCGCCCUGGUGGCAGGAGGUUCGCGAGCAGCUCCUGGAGAGCAAACAGUUCUCUGGUCUUCUCGUGGCAAUUGUCUGCAAAACGGUGGCCACAAAUCUCUGGCGCAAUCGAAAGGAGGGCUCGUGUGACGAAUCAUCCCAGAACGAGGAAGAGGAGCGCUGGGAACGCAUAUCCCAUGACGAGGCACAGUGGGGCCUGCUCACGGGCAAACUGGAGGAUGUCUCUGUCUUGGGUGCCAUUUUAGGGAAGCCCCUAAUCUGCCGGGAUCCAGUGGGUCCGGAAAUGCCGUACGAGACGCCAGACUGCAGCCUCAAGAGCAUCGUCAACGGUGGCAAAGGCAUCGUCACGGAGCUGACUGCCAAAUGGUUGGUCAGUGCGCAGCUUCAUCCCAGCAAGAUUGUCGAGAUUACAGCAGCCGAAAAUGAACUGGAUGAAGAGAGUCGAGUGUUGACCAGAGCCAAAGUCAAAGAGGACGAGGAGAAGGCAGCGAAAGAGGAGCAAGAAAACGAUGCAACCGAAUCAGAGCUAGAACUGGCCAAGGAAGUGCAGGUGGUGCCUGCCAAUGAGCCCGUGCUGGAGCGACUGGCACUGCUACGCGCCCACUUUCCUUUCAGCCUGGAGUCGGGCGUGCUGCUGAGCCUCAUGUCCUGGCAGUAUAUGGUGCAGUGGAGCAAAGAGCUCUCAUCGCUGGACCAUAUGAGGUCAGCCCUGCUCUGUCUGGCCGAGUUCCGUACGCCCGAUUGGGCCUUGAAGCACGGCAUCUGCUGCAUGCUGUGGAAUGCCACUCUGAAGUUUCCGCUGCAGGCGGCGGCCAAGUUGAUACAAAAGGUGGGACGCCUCCCAGUGGACAAGAUGUGCCAGCAGGAUCUGGAAAUGUCGGCCGGCAAAGUGCCCGAGUUUCUCGAGCUAAGCCUGGAGUUUCUGCAACACUUUUCCAGCUCCCUGGAGCACGACAAGCGAGAGCUACAUUUCGAGCAGUCCCUCAGCGAGGGAGCCCUUCCCCUACAGUUCUUGGCCCUGCAGCAGCAUCAUGCCAUGCCCAGGCUGCUCCAGCUGCAGACCGAACUCUGCAGUGUCCUGCAUUUCAUUGCCUUCUUCCAGCUGCGCGUGUCCAAGCCGCUGACGCUGCUCUUCGAUGCCAUGGGCAACAAGGCCUUGCUGGCGGACAUCAACAAGGAGCUGCCCUACGUUCUCCCUGGCCCUGAUUUGGUGCUGCAGCAGCAGCGCACAGAUUUCCUCUGCCGCGUCGUGGCCGUCACAAUGGACCUGAUCAGGGAGGAUCUCCAGCAGCUUUAUAUACUAGAUCAUGUCUACUACAUGGCAAAGAUUUGUGCGCUGGCCGACAGCUGGGAGUUGGACAAGUUGCCGAUAUUGAGGCGACAGAUAGUGGAACUUUAUGCCUUUGGCUAUGAUGCCGAAGCACAGAACCUGUUGCAGGAUAUCAGCGAGGACGAGGAACUGGGACGACUGCUGCUUGAAAUAGCCGGCAGACGGCUCAAUCUGUAUGCCGAGAGCUCUCAGUCCACCUUCCUCAAGAUAGCUUCUGUGGGCCAUCAACUGUUGGGCUACUUGGAUAACCUGAAGGAACCCCUGACCGAGCAUAGCAUACCGAUUGCUGCCACCAAGCCGGACGACAUCGAUGUUGCGGCACUGGACAAGCUGCUGGCCCACACCUACAAGUGCCUGUGUCGACGAGAGUCCAAGCAACUGCCCAUCAUCGCCCAGAUGUACAAUGCCGUACGAAUCCUGCAGAAUUAAAUGCCCAGGGGAAACGGAAACAAACACUUUAAUUUAACCACCAAAACAUUCAGCAGCAAUACCCCCAAAAAUAUAUAUAUGAUAUGACCAGAGACACG